AUGCCCCCAGUGGGCAGAACCUUGAAGCCCCAAGAGAAGGAUGCCCUCAACUCCUCUCUGAUUAUCUUUGUGGUGGGCGGCCCCGGCUCUGGCAAAGAGACACAGUGCAAGAACAUGGCCGCCAAGUAUGGCUUCUGCCACGUGGGCCUGGGCCAGCUGCUGAGGCAGGAAGCCCGGCAGCACACACAGAGGGGUCGCCAGAUCCGCGACGUCAUGCUGCAGGGGCUCCUGGUGCCCACGGUGGGCCGGGCCCCCAGCGCGGUCAUUGUGCUGGACUGCUCCAUGGAGACCAUGGUCCAGCGGGUGCUGCGGCGUGGGCAGCUGGAGCACCGUGAGGACGACUCCGAGCCGGCCAUCCACAGGCGGCUGGACACUCACUACACCUCGUGCGAGCCAGUCCUGAACUUUUACCAGCACAAGAAGCUGCUGCGAAGUAUCUUGGCGGAAGACUCACCAGAGAGCGUCUUCAUCAAAUGCUGCUCUGUCAUUGAGAGCCUGCAGUGA